AUGUUGCCCCCACCACGUCCACGAAUCAAUCAAGGCUCAAGCUUCACGAAUGGUGUAAAUCGAGUCACCGACGAGUACCGAUUCUCUCGUGUCGUCCCAAAACUCUCGAAUCUAAACUUUGCUUUGACUCUUCCACAUCGUACUAUUUUUCACGAGGUAAUCCCACCGUUUCCUGGAAGCGAUUCAAUGUCGACACUUGGAAUGAGAGAUGUGGAACCUUGGUUAAAAUCUCUUCGCCUUCACAAAUACACGGCUCUUUUCCAAGAAAUGACAUACGAUCAAAUGAUGAGUCUCGACGAAAACACUCUGGAGCAGGAACAUGUGACGAAAGGAGCAAGGAAGAAAAUUCUUCAGUCAAUCGAGAAACUCAUUCAACGUCCCGCAAUUCUCCGUGAAAACGAACAAAUGUUAUUCAUGGGUGCUGGGAAACGGUGUGUGAAUUGCGCUAUUGUGUGUCUCCUUCAAACACUCGGCACACCAAUUCAUCCAUACAGAUCGACAAAUUCCAAAUCGAUUGAUACGCCAUGUAUCAAAAUACAGGAUCAGAAUUUACCGGAAAACCAAGAGCGAACCCGUUCCGAGCAACGAACGAUCUAUCAAAAUUUGGUCAGUUUGUCCAAUUUGCCCAGUUUGCCCAAGGGUUUCUUCGAUCUGGAUUUGACUGCUCAAUACGUGGUAGCAAAUCAACAGCUAAUACUCCUGUUGAUGCAAGGACAACAAGGACUUCUUCAACAACAGCAGCAAAGGAGCAAGAAAUCCACACAUGGACCAAUUACAUUAACACACUCAAUCAACCACAACCACCAGUUCGGAAUUCGAAUCAUUCUCUCUUUGGGCCUCAGCCUCAAUCAAGAUCUGGUUAUGGAUUGGCCCUUUACACUUCCGGAGACUCGUCAAGAGAAUUCGCUCUUUUCCGAUUCUCUUCAAAUGACAAUCGGAACGUGGAAUGGAGCUGCUGCCGAAGAAGCAAAGAAAAGAUUAUAUGAGCCAUUCUCUCCUUGUGACUCAAUUUCUGGCUAUUCCUCACCGGGAACUGAUAUACCGCAGGUUGACGUCAAUUGGAUCUACGGACAUGGCGCACAU